GCCUUCGGCACUCGACGUGGUUAGGAGGACUACCUCACUUGAUUUUUAUCAGUUUUUAUUCAAACUAUUCGGUUUCUUUACUAAUCAUUCUGCUUGUUGGUGCUUGCGGUGUACAUACGUAAUUUAUCAGAACGGAACUGUGAUAUAAUCCAGCAAAGUGUUCAAAGGUGCUACAGAUUGAGACAAAAGAGCUCCCGAUGAAGUAACAAGUGUUUGAUUGAUAACGAGCUGUGCCGCUGCUGUGUGUAGGCAUUGUGCGGGGUAAUUGUUAGUCCGAGUUCAGACGUGAGUGGUAUCGGGUCGUUCGAGGUGCCAAGACCAGUCCCCCAAGAGUAUCAAUUACGAACAAAGUCUAACGGCUAAAGAUCACUGAGAUGAAGCGGAAACAGAUCCAGAUCAGCGCGGGACUGCUGCUGCUAACAUUUAUUCUAGCACCUGCCAUCAAUGCCGACGAGCUUCCCAAAGAAAUCAAAGACCUGGAUAUCGACAAACUGCGGGAGCAGCUGCCCGAAGGCCUUCUUCCACCGGAGCUGUUGAACGUUACCCUCCCUAGCCUAGAGGACAUCCAACGGAUCGUGAAGGAUAAAUGCUCGCGUGUCGCCGGUAGUGACGCUGCCUACCAGCAAGCCGAACAAUCCGGCCAAAAGCUGAACGAUUGUCUACAGGGUCUGCUCGAUUUCAGCGAUCUGCAGAAUGAAAUUAAAAAGGCCAAGCCGACGGGCGAUUUGGAUACCGUGUUCAACAAAUACUGUCGGAGGCGAUCCACUGCCAUUGAAUGCAUCAAUACGUUCUCCAACGACGUGGAUGUGUGUCUGGAGGAGGAGGAACGGGAAAGCAAAAAGGUACUGGUUAACAUCAUCCAAGGUCUGCUGAACUUCGUGUGUCACAAAGAUGGUGACCAAAUUGCUUUGUUCAUCGCCGAAGAAGGACCCGAGUGUUUCGAGGAACAAAAGCAGCCAAUGAUCGACUGCUUCAAUUCCACUCUGAGGGGCUAUCUGGACGAACCGACUCCACAGGCUUCGGAAGGAAUUCCCAAGCUGGUCAUGGGGAAGAAGCAAUGCGACGAUAUGGAUAACCUGAGGGAUUGCUUCGUUAGAGUCCUAGAAGACUGCAGACAGUCCACCCCAGCCAACCUGGUGGAGUCGCUGUUCAAGUUUGUCCGGCGGGAAACCCCAUGCGCUAACUUCACUACGCCGGAACAUUCGAAGCGUGGCGCUGCGGAUGUGAGCCGAGCUUCAUUACAUAUAAUCCUUGCAACGUGGCUGCUAGCGUUGUUAGCCAAAAUGUUCGUCCAAUAGUUCCUAUCAAACAUCAGUUCAUUAAGGUCCGGGGGCAUCUUUAUCGAACAAGAGUUCGCAGAAAUCGAUGAGAUUCGGAUGAAUCAAGAGGUGAAAUUCUAAAAAUUGGUGUGUGGUGAUUGCCAAAUUCUAAGCUGUUGUCAAACUAAUGAUAAGUUUCAAAUCAUCAGACAAAUCCUAUUGUAAAUUAUUUUACCAAAAAAUAAACAUGACUGCAUGGCUGUGUAGUUCCUUUUCGUA